AUGACAGAAGAAGCGCCCGCAGCUGCCACCAUGCCGGCGUGCAACGGGAGCCUUCCCCCGCAGGACGGCCCGCGCCAGGUCAUCGGCAGCCUCCAAGAAAUUGCAAAAUCUCUGGGGACAGUCCCGUAUGCAAACGCUGAAACGAGCCCUGACACUUCACCUGCAGAGGAAAAUCUGGAGGAAAAUAGAAAUUCAUUGCCCGAGGACACCGCUCAUGAGAAUUUUGCUGGAGAGCAGCGAUGCCAAGAAAAGCGAGAGGAGAACGCUGGGACACCGCGGCAGGGACCAGCGGAUAUCCAGGACACGGGGACCAAUGGCCAGGGAUCAGGGGAAGGCCCUGAUGGCGCGGCGGGGACAGGCACGGAGGGGACAGGCACGGCGGGGACAGGCACGGCGGGGACAAGCACGAAGGGGACAGGCACGGAGGAGGAGGAGGAGGAGGAGGAGGAGGAGGAGGAGGAGGAGGAGACCGAAGAGGACGAGGUGCAGGUGAUCGAGAUGAAGAAGGAGAGCAGCGAGGCGUCCCGGCCGCAGCCGCGGGACAAGCAGCCCUCGCCCCCGGGCAGCCCCGGCUGCCGCUCCCCGCUGGAGAAAGCCGGGGAGCCGCCCGGCCUGGGCAAGAAGAACGACAUCUCCCGACACAGCUACUCCAGGUACAACACAAUCUCGUACCGGAGGAUCCGUAAAGGAAACACCAAACAGCGCAUCGACGAGUUCGAGUCCAUGAUGCACUUGUGA